AGAGAAAUUAUGUUAUCAUAGUUGUCAAAUUGUGAUGUUACAUAUAAAUUCAAAUAUAUUUUGGGGGGAUAAUUGUUGAUUUACUCAUUGUGUCACAAUGCUUAGGCAAAAAGUUGCUCAAUGAAUAAUACCUGGACAAUAUCUGGCAUUGUAGCGCGCAUUUUUUUGCUUUCACUUUUGCUUGUCCCAAAGACAAAGUUGAGGGCGCUACUUCCGUUCAAUAAAAAGCACAAAGCAAAACUUGUAUCCUUCGCCAACUGAAUUUGUCAAUAUCUCAAAAGCGAAUCGUCAAAUGCUGAAUGGCAUAAUCUCUUUAAGAAAUGUGUCCAAAACAUAUUAAAAUUGAUUUCGAAAAAGAAGCAAUACUAAGGGCUAAUGUUGCUACUCAAGUUGUGGCAAAUGCGCACGCAAUAAAUUUGUGCAUAUAUACCAAAUUGAACAUCACUAUUGUAGGUAUGUCAGUGCUGCACCAACUAGGUUCUCUUACUUCAUGUUUUGAUUCGUGGGGGUUCAUGCAAUAGCUUUGGAGAUUUUCGAGAGAUAACAAUGAUUUUUGAAAUUGUUUUGGGAGUGCUGUGCAUCAUUGCUUAUUAUUACUUGAAAUUUCAUCGGAUAUGGAAAUUUUGGGAGAAUCACCACGUUCCAUUCAUCAAGCCUUCAUUUCCAUUUGGAAGUUCGACAUUCCUUACUUGGGAAACGUUCACUUCCCCCAUAAACCUUAAUCAAAAAGGAUUCGACCAAGCCAAAAUACUCGGAUUUCCCACUUUCUUUGGUACUUACUUUUUUCAAACCCCGAUCUUGGCCGUAUGUGAUCCAGAUUUGGCCAAGCAAAUCAUGACCAAAGAUUUUGACCACUUCGUGGACCGCCAAGGGGAGGUAAUGAAAUCGAUCACCACCUCCCACUUUGUGGACCAAUUAUGGGGCCAACAGUUGACCGCACUUCAAGGGGAUGAAUGGAAGAUCACUCGGAAUAUUUUCACUCCUAUUUUCACAGCUGGUAAAUUGAAGGGCAUGAUGCACUUCAUUCAUUUGGUUACCAACGACCUAGUGAAAAGCAAAGGACAAGAAGCAGACCGUGGAACACCCUUUGAGCUAAAAGAGAAAUUCGGGAAAUUUAGCAUGGACACGAUUGCAUCCUGCGCUUUUGGGGUCAAUGCUGAUUCAUUUAAAGAUCCAAAAUCUACUUUUGCCUCCAACGCUCGUGUUAUGUUUCGCAACUCGUUGCCUGACUUUGCCAAGUUUGUGUUUGUUGCCGGGAUUCCAGGUGGAAGAACUUUAAUGGAAAAGUUGAACAUUCCCUUGCAAAAGAAGAGUCCAACCAUGUUCUUUUAUGAUAUCAUUAAGCAAACCAUUGACCAUCGUUUAAGAAUGAAUGUCAGACGCAAUGACCUGGUGGACCUAAUGCUAGAUGCUCUGAAGGCAGAUCAAGAAACCCGGGUGGAAAAUGAAUCCACCGCAAAAUCCCAUUUGGACGCUGAUGGUGGAUUAGAUCACCCUAAUUCUGACACUUCGAUGGAUGAACUGAAGUUGGUUGCCACGGCUUUCGUUAUACUCAUAGCAGGGUACGAUACCACGGCUCAAACAUUGGCCAUUACAUCCUUUUAUUUGGCCCGAAAUCCAGACAUCCAAGAAAAGCUUUCCCAAGAGAUCAUGGAGGCCGGAGCCGAAUUGCAAGAUGGAAACACGUACCCAGACUAUCAUCAUAUUCAAAGUUUGCCCUAUUUAGACAUGGUUCUCCACGAAACCUUGCGGAUUAAUCCAGCUCUUGGCGUCAUAUCACGGACAUGCACCAAGGACUACCACGUCCCAGGAACAAACAUUUCCCUGAAGCGGGGUUACGAUGCUCAUAUCUAUGUGUCUGCUAUCCACAUGAAUCCAGACAUCUACCCCGAUCCUGACAAAUAUGACCCUGAGCGAUUCACCAAAGAAGCCAUAUCCCGUCGACAUGCCUAUUCUUUCUUGGGCUUUGGCCAAGGCCCCAGAAAUUGUAUUGGCAUGAGGUUCGCUUUGCUCGAGGCCAAAUUAGCCCUCUUCGGUAUCUUGAGGAGCUAUAAAUUUAUUACCUGCAAAGAAACCGUCGAAAAGUUUACCUUGGAUCCUACUGCCAUUUUGGCUGCUCCUAAAGAGCCACUUUUUGUGAAAGUGGUGGCCCGAACAUAAAGUUGAAUAUCAAGCAAAGAUCCUGAGCGUCAUUAUUAUAUUUUAAACAAUGUUCAUGUUCUUAUUUACCUUGAGCCUAAAUAUGUGCACUCGUUUUUUUAUCAAAUGAAUCAAACAGAAUUUGCA